AUGCAUGAAAUUGGUAUACCUAGGCUAUUCACUAAAAAGAUUAUGGCUAUUGUAAAAUGUGUGACAUAUGUGUUCAAUGUCAAUGGUGGAGUGAGUGAAACUAUGCAAGCUUAUAGAGAGAUAAGGCAAGGGGACCCUAUCUCCCCCUUGUUGUUUGUUAUCACAAUGGAAUAUCUAAAUAGAUUGCUGCAUAGCAUGCAAUUGAAUGCAAACUUGAACCAUCAUUCUAAGUGUGAAAAGCUUAGUCUCACAAAUUUUAUUUUUGUAGAUGAAAUUUUGCUUUUUUGCAGAGGUGACACAAGGUCUGUGGAAAUGAUGAUGGAGACAGUGGACAGGUUUUCUGCUUCAACAGGGUUGAUUAUAAAUCGAGGUAAAUGCAAGAGUUAUCCCAGAGAGGUUCAUGAGAAAAUUGAGCAGGAGAUCAAAGUGACUACUAAAUUUGAAGAAGUAAAACCCCCCUUCAGAUAUUUAGAGGCACCCCUCAGUAGUAAGAAACUGAAUAUUAUACUUUACCUCCCACUUAUUGAUAGGAUUGUAAGAAGAAUUCAACAUUGGACCUCAAAGCUCUUGAGCUAUGCUGGUAGGAUCCAAUUAGUCAAGAGCAUAACUUUUGUUGUGACUCAAUAUUGGAUGCACUAUUUCCCUAUUCCAAAAGCAGUGAUACAUAAGAUUGAGGCGAUUGGCAGAUCUUUCAUUUGGUCUGGUAGUCAUGAUGUCACUAGGAAAAGUCAUGUUGCUUGGAGGACAGUCUGCAGGCCUUACAGUCAAGGGAGUCUGAACAUCAUUAAUAUGGGUGUGUGA